GCGGCUCCGUCUCGCCUAGCCCCGCCUAUUUUGGUCGAGAUAUGAAGAAUGAGAUCCAGGAGUCUGUUGAUAUUCUCAAGGCCGUCAAGGGUGCCAACAAGUUCAAGGGGGCAGAGGAACCUAGCGGUGUUCUCAAGGGAGCGCAAAAUGCAUGGGAUAUGCUAUCCGAGGAGCAAUCGCAGAAACACAUCAGUACUGGUUCCAGUGACCUCAACGGCAUACUUGGUGGAGGGAUUCACUGCAAAGAAGUUACUGAGAUAGGUGGUGUUCCAGGAGUCGGUAAAACUCAACUGGGGAUUCAGCUAGCAAUCAACGUCCAAAUCCCAAUGGACUAUGGUGGCCUUGGCGGCAAAGCAGUUUAUAUUGAUACAGAGGGCAGCUUCAUGGUUGAGCGUGUCUAUCAAAUUGCCGAAGGGUGUAUCAGUGACAUAAUGGAGUACUUUCCACACCACCAUCACAAGGCUUCAUCUGGCAAAGGAAAUCUGCAGCCUGAGGGUUUCCUGGCAGGCAUCUAUUACUUCCGAAUAUGCAGCUACACUGAACAGAUUGCGGUGAUAAACUAUCUGGAGAAAUUCCUCGGAGAACAUAAAGAUGUGAGAAUAGUUAUAAUUGAUAGUGUUACCUUCCACUUUCGACAAGACUUUGAUGAUCUGGCUUUGAGGACUAGAGUGCUCAGUGGAUUAUCAUUGAAGUUGAUGAAGCUUUCAAAGACAUAUAACUUGGCGGUUGUCUUGUUGAACCAAGUAACCACUAAAUUUACAGAAGGAUCGUUUCAGUUAACUCUUGCUCUAGGUGACAGCUGGUCCCACUCGUGCACAAACCGACUGAUUCUGUACUGGAAAGGCAACGAGCGGUGCGCAUACCUUGAUAAGUCCCCUUCACUUCCGGUAGCUUCAACACCAUAUGCAGUGACAAGCAAAGGGGUGAGAGAUGCUGCCACUCCAAACUGCAAGCGAGUUAGGAUCAUGUAGCAGCCUUGAAAUGCACGUUCCUGUUCGCCUAGAAGACGUCAGUGCCAUAUUUAAGUAGCUUCUGGAAAAGGGGAGUUCACUCAUUUGGUUGAUCCAGUGAUCCAAAAUACACCCAGACGCACUCCUGCCGUUUCAUCUGGCCUGACAUGUAAAAUGUCAUUUGACACUGACAGCCAGCAUAAAUGCAAUACCACGGCGAAUGUGAUCAGUGAAUGACUGGUAGCAGUAGCAUCAAGGGGGCAGCAGUAAUAUCGUCGUGCUAGAUGUAUUAAAAUUGGUGAGGAAAAACAGUUUUAUUAGCUAAGUGGAGACUCCCGAUGGCGGUGCUAUAUAGGUACCAACACCUUUUUGCUGUGGGGGCAAUUUCAGGCCUUUUGCAUUGCGAAUCUGAGUUGUUGGUUUGAGAAAUAUCAUGUGUUUUCUUUUGAAACAA